GCAGCGGUGGGCUGAGCUAAAAUGGCUGAGGAGAGAGUCGCGACGGUGAGCGCCGAGAUUCUCUUUAGUUGCCCGGCCGAAGGGCAAGGCAAGCUGGCGGGUGACUUUUGUCCCAUGCAGCGGUUCCUGGAGAGAGGCGGAGCUGGGUGCCGAGCGGCUCAGGGUGGGCGGGGCGACACGGUCCCCUUUUUACUGUCCCGGGAACUGGUCGCCUGGGGCAAGUCUGGAUACUUAGCAGCACAGGUCCUGUUCUAGGACUGUAGUCCCUCUUGGGGUGCGCUGGACGGAGAAGGGAGACUUCACCAGUAAUGGCUCUUACCGUAGUGCCAUCUUUUUCUGUCUCGGGGGUUUGGAAGAGAACUCAAUUUCCUGUAUCUACUGAGUCUCAAAAACCCCGGCAGAAAAAAGCUCCAGAGUUUCCUAUUUUGGAGAAGCAGAACUGGUUGAUUCAUCUUCAUUAUAUCCGGAAAGAUUAUGAAGCCUGCAAGGCUGUUAUCAAAGAACAGCUUCAGGAGACUCAGGGAUUAUGUGAAUAUGCUAUCUAUGUCCAAGCAUUGAUAUUUCGCCUAGAAGGAAAUAUCCAAGAAUCCCUAGAACUCUUCCAGACAUGUGCAGUUCUUAGUCCUCAGAGUGCUGAUAACCUCAAGCAGGUGGCCAGAUCUUUAUUUCUUUUGGGAAAACAUAAAGCUGCCAUUGAAGUAUAUAAUGAAGCAGCUAAACUCAACCAGAAAGAUUGGGAGAUCAGCCAUAACCUAGGAGUUUGCUACAUAUACCUGAAGCAGUUCAACAAGGCACAAGACCAGUUGCACAAUGCCCUGAAUCUUAAUAGGCACGAUCUGACUUAUAUAAUGCUGGGGAAGAUCCACUUGCUGGAGGGAGACUUGGACAAGGCCAUUGAAGUCUACAAGAAAGCAGUGGAGUUCUCACCAGAAAAUACAGAGCUUCUUACAACUUUAGGAUUACUCUACUUACAGCUCGGCAUUUACCAGAAGGCAUUUGAACAUCUUGGCAAUGCACUGACUUAUGACCCUACCAACUACAAGGCCAUCUUGGCAGCAGGCAGCAUGAUGCAGACCCACGGGGACUUUGAUGUUGCCCUCACCAAAUACAGAGUUGUGGCUUGUGCUGUUCCAGAAAGUCCUCCACUCUGGAAUAACAUUGGAAUGUGUUUCUUUGGCAAGAAGAAAUAUGUGGCGGCCAUCAGCUGCCUGAAACGAGCCAACUACUUGGCACCCUUCGAUUGGAAGAUUCUGUAUAAUUUGGGCCUUGUCCAUUUGACCAUGCAGCAGUAUGCAUCAGCUUUUCAUUUUCUCAGUGCGGCCAUCAACUUCCAGCCAAAGAUGGGGGAGCUCUACAUGCUCUUGGCAGUGGCUCUGACCAAUCUGGAAGAUAUAGAGAAUGCCAAGAGAGCCUACGCAGAAGCAGUCCACCUGGAUAAGUGUAACCCUUUAGUAAACCUGAACUAUGCUGUGCUGCUGUACAACCAGGGCGAGAAGAAGAACGCCCUGGCCCAAUAUCAGGAGAUGGAGAAGAAAGUCAGCCUACUCAAGGACAAUAGCUCUCUGGAAUUUGACUCUGAGAUGGUGGAGAUGGCUCAGAAGUUGGGAGCUGCUCUCCAGGUUGGGGAGGCACUGGUCUGGACCAAACCAGUUAAAGAUCCCAAAUCAAAGCACCAGACCACUUCAACCAGCAAACCUGCCAGUUUCCAGCAGCCUCUGGGCUCUAAUCAAGCUCUAGGACAGGCAAUGUCUUCAGCAGCUGCAUACAGGACGCUCCCCUCAGGUGCUGGAGGAACAUCCCAGUUCACAAAGCCCCCAUCUCUUCCUCUGGAGCCAGAGCCUGCGGUGGAAUCAAGUCCAACUGAAACAUCAGAACAAAUAAGAGAGAAAUAAGAAUAGAAUGAAUGACCCCAAAAUAGGGUUUUCUUGGGCGAGGAUGUGCUGGAUUAGGAAAGGUGACAUGACACAGGCAGAGUGGCACCCACCACAGAAUACAGUGUGUGUUAUGAUUACGAGGAGCCAGCAGUUGAGCCUAAGGUCCUUCUACCUACCUGGUAUUGGCAUUUGAGGUCGGAAACCCUCUACUGCCCCAUAAGCCAGGAAAAGUGAAAAGAGAACACAGUUCCUUUAAGAACUGGCAGCAAGGCUUGAGGCUUUAUGUAUGUAGCUGAGUCAGCAAGGUACAUGAUGCUGUCUGCUUUCAAAAGGACUUUUCUCUCCUAGCUGACUGACUCCUUCCUUAGUUCAAGGAACAGCUGAGACAGACUUCUGCUGAGUAGCUCUGUGAUGACAAAGCCUUGGUUUAACUGAGGUGAUCCUCAGGUUGUGAGGUUUAUUAGUCCCCAAGGCAAACACAAAUAUUAGAUUAAUAAUCCAACUUUAAUAGUAUACAUUUAAAAGAAAAAAAACAAAAGCCCUGGAAGUUGAGGCCCAGCCUGCUGAGAAUUGCAGCUGCAUUUGCCCAAAGGGAAUCCAGAACAAGUCCCUCCCUGUAUUUUGUUCUUGAGAGGGGUCAGUCUAAAAGCUAGAUCCUAUCAGUAUGAGGAGCAGCAGCCCAGGGCUUGUCUGGAUCAGCACCAACGAUUUUAAAGAAAAAAGGAAGAGUUUCUUAGAUGAGUAAUUGUUAUUGAAGAUAGUCAGUGAUAACCACUGACGAGAUGCUAUCAAUACACUAUGUGUCCUUUUUAGAAUAAAGAUUACAUAUCAUCAUUCCUUUGGGGAAAAUUGUUAUUCAGGUAUAAAAACAAGAGAUCAUAAUAAAAACCUAAAAGAACCUA